CAGCCGAGUUAGGCCUGUCUCGCGUUUCUCUGGAGCAACCUGAUCCCGGCGGGGAGGGACUCGCCCCUAGGCCCCGCCCCUCCCGAUGCGACCCUGGGCUAAGCCCCGCCUCUCCCACCCGGUAUCGCCCCGCCUGCGCCUGAUCUCUUCUAGGCCCUGCCACGCCUGCCACGCCCAGGUUCGGCGGCGCCCGCCCCGCAGGCCCCAGCCCUCCCCCUCACCUCUAGCGUAGCUCCCGGGGCCUCCGGGUCUCGCCGGCUCUUGGGCACGCCUCCGGAGACGUGGAUCGCCGAGGCAGCCGCAAGUUUUUCAAAGAUGAAAGUGACCUUAUCAGCUCUGGAUACUCAUGAGAGUUCUUUCACACCCUUGGUAGUCAUAGAACUUGCUCAGGAUGUCAAGGAAGAAACCAAAGAAUGGCUGAAAAGCAGAAUCAUCACUAAAAAGAAAGAUGGAGGUGCCCAGCUGUUGUUUAGACCAUUGUUAAAUAAAUACGAGAAGGAAACACUUGAAAAUCAGAACUUAUAUCUUAUUGGUGCUUCGAAGAUUAGAUUGUUACUGGGGGCCGAAGCAGUGGGAUUGGUAAAAGAGUGCAAUGAUAACACCAUGAGGGCCUUCACGUAUGGAACCCGACACAACUUCAAAGGUUUUGAUGAUGAUAAUGAUGAUUUCCUUACAAUGGCAGAACAGCAAUUCAUUAUCAAACAUGAACUUGAAAAUCUUAGAGCCAGAGAUGAAAAAAUGAUCCCUGGUUACCCUCAGGCAAAGUUGUAUCCAGGAAAAUCAUUAUUGAGGAGACUGCUCACCUCUGGCAUUGUGAUUCAGGUGUUUCCACUGCAUGACAAUGAAGCCCUGAAGAAGCUGGAGGACACCUGGUAUACUCGGUUUACUAUAAAGUAUCAGCCCAUAGACAGUAUUCGUGGCUACUUUGGAGAAACAAUCGCUCUUUACUUUGGAUUUUUGGAAUAUUUCACUUUUGCCUUAAUCCCCAUGGUGGUCAUUGGGCUCCCUUACUACUUGUUUGUGUGGGAAGACUAUGACAAGUACGUGAUCUUCGCCUCCUUCAACCUGAUCUGGUCCACGGUGAUCCUGGAAGUGUGGAAGCGUGGCUGUGCCAGUAUGACCUACCGGUGGGGGACCCUGGUCAUGAAGAGACAGUUUGAGGAGCCCCGACCGGGGUAUCACGGGGUCCUGGGGAUCAAUUCCGUCACCGGCAGGGAGGAGCCCCUCUAUCCCAGCUACAAGAGACAGUUGCGCAUUUACUUGGUCUCUCUGCCGUUUGUGUGCCUCUGUCUCUACUUUUCUCUGUUUGUCAUGAUGAUUUACUUCGACAUGGAGAACUGGGCCUUGGGUCUGCACGAGAACAGCGGGUCUGAGUGGACGAGUAUCCUGUUGUACGUGCCCAGCAUCAUCUAUGCCAUCGUGAUCGAGAUCAUGAAUCGCCUCUAUCGAUAUGCUGCAGAGUUUCUAACUUCAUGGGAGAAUCACAGACUGGAAUCUGCCUACCAGAAUCACCUAAUUCUGAAAGUUUUAGUGUUCAACUUUCUAAAUUGCUUUGCCUCACUGUUCUACAUUGCCUUUGUCCUGAGGGAUAUGAAGCUCUUACGUCAGAGUUUGGCCACUCUCCUGAUUACCUCCCAGAUCCUUAACCAAAUUGUGGAAUCCCUUCUUCCUUACUGGCUCCAAAAGAAGCACCACAUCCAGGUGAAGAAAAAGGUGCAGGCUUUAAAGGCAGACAUCGAUGCAACAUUAUAUGAACAAGUUGUUCUGGAAAAGGAAAUGGGAACCUACUUGGGCACCUUCGAUGAUUACUUGGAGUUAUUCCUGCAGUUUGGUUAUGUGAGCCUUUUCUCCUGUGUCUACCCACUGGCAGCCGCCUUUGCUGUGCUAAAUAAUCUCACUGAAGUUAAUUCAGAUGCCUUAAAAAUGUGCAGGGUCUUCAAACGUCCAUUCUCAGAACCUUCAGCUAAUAUUGGUGUAUGGCAGUUGGCUUUUGAAACAAUGAGUGUUAUAUCUGUGGUCACUAAUUGUGCUCUGAUUGGAAUGUCACCGCAAGUGAAUGCACUCUUUCCAGAUUCAAAAGCAGACCUCGUUUUGAUUGUCGUAGCAGUGGAGCACGCACUCCUGGCUCUGAAGUUCAUCCUUGCAUUUGCCAUCCCUGAUAAGCCACGGCAUAUCCAGAUGAAACUGGCCAGACUGGAAUUUGAAUCUUUGGAGGCACUCAAGCAGCAGCAGAUGAAGCUCGUGGCUGAGAACCUGAAGGAGGAAUGGAGGGAAGGUGGGAAGGAGAAGACGCCUUGAGUACAGCAGAGUGCAGACCUCCCUCUGCAGGUCCCACCCCUCCCGGCCCUGCUCCUUCCAGGUUCCCGCCUGAGCCCCACCCGCCACUCCAGCUGCCUGACCACAUGCUCCAGAACCACUGCUGCUCCAGCCCCGCACAUGGAUGAACCACCAGCUCCCAUGUCACUCCUCACAGUGACUGUCAGCCUAUGGUGGGGGUGGUGGCAGGUCAAGGCUUGUGCCCCGCCACCCGGUUCCCUCACAGGCUCCUCUCUGAAGGGGCUUCCUGCCGCGCUCCAGUGAGAGUCACAGGCACAGUGAGGCAGUGUUUCCAACACUUGGAACUCGAAAUACCUCUUUUCUGGUUCUAUUCUGCAAUGUUAACAGCUCCUCUAUCAACCAAAACAGUAGUAGCAGAGUUAUUAAAGGCCACGAGCAUGUCUGA